UGCAUUUCCCUCUCACAUCGCCUUAGUAGUGUCAUUAGUAGUGUCUUGCUGAUCAAUGCAACUGCCAUCUAACUAACCCUACGGCAAGAUGUCAUCAGACGGAAAUCCAGCCAGCGGCGGCAAUGGCGUCUCCGGGCAAUCCCCGCAAGACUCGAUGCGCACGCCGGCGCAAACCCCGCAGGGAUCCAUGCGAACGCCGGAGCAGACCCCCGCUAACUCCGCGGGAUUCUGGGCGAUCGAGCUCGCCUCAGCUGCACCUGACGCCUCGCGCGAGCGCCGGCAGUCCGUACAGCUCGCAGCAACCCACCUUCCCGAUCCACUCCGUCCUUCCCCAGAAGCGACCUGGGCGGCUCCAUGGCUCAGCGUCGCAGGUUCCACCGCCGCAGGCAGGGUGCAUCGGGGCAGGCCGCAUCCGGGGGGUGUGUGCCUUCAGGCACGCCUGUCAGCACGCCAGGGCCGCCUGAGCCGUCAGAUAGCAUGGGAGGGAACUCGGAGCAGGACAGGAUGUCGUGGGAGCAGUACCAGCAGCAGCAGCAGCAUCGGCAGCCGCAGAGGGGUAGAGGAGGAGCAGCAGCUGCAACAGCAGCAGGGGCAGCAGGGGCAGGGGGAGCAGGGAGAGCAGGGGCAGGGGGAGAUGCGCUUGGGGGGAGAGGCGGAGGCGAUGGGGGAGGAGGGGAGGAGGAGCUGGAGGGAACCAAGUUCGCGUCGUUCGUGCAGCACUUUAGAGAGGCAGACGAUGCUAUCCACGCCAAGUACUCGCAGCAGCUGGACGAGCUAGUAGAGAUGGAAGGAGAUACAUUCCCUGUGGACUGUGCUGACGUGUACGCGUUCUCUGCUGAGCUGUACCGCAUGCUUGUGCGCUACCCAUUGGAGGUCAUCCCGAUCUUCGACAUCAAGAUUGCUGAGCUGGCGGCCGACCGCAUGCCCAUGUGGGACAAACACAUCCAGGUGCGCACGUUCAACCUGCGUGACACGGUGCACAUGCGCGAUCUCAACCCCUCAGACAUCGAUGCUCUGGUGGCCGUGCGGGGCAUGGUGAUCCGCACGUCGUCCAUCAUCCCAGACAUCAAGGCGGCCUGCUUCAAGUGUCUGGUGUGCGGCCACUCGCCCGACCUCGUGCUUGUAGACAGGGGAGUGAUAGAGGAACCCAGGAGGUGUCCCUGGCCAGAGUGCGGGGCGCUGAACAGCAUGACCCUGGUGCACAACCGGAGCCGGUUCAUCAACAAGCAGAUGCUGCGCCUGCAGGAGACACCUGAAGACAUGCCUGAAGGGGAGACCCCGCACACGGUGUCUGUGUUCCUGUUUGACUCGCUGGUGGAUACUGCCAAGCCGGGAGAUAGAGUGGAGGUCACGGGUGUCUUCCGCGCUGUGCCUGUGCGAGUCAACUCCAAUCAGCGCAACCUGCGCUCGCUGUACCGGACCUACCUGGACUGCAUUCACAUCCGCAAGGAAGAGGGGGGCCGCACGCGCACCAAGGGAGCAGCGCAGCAGUCGCAGCCGCAACCGCUGGCGGCCUCUGCUGCGGGUGAUGCGGAUGACGCCAACCCCGAUGCUGCGUACUUCUCUCCGCAGCAGGUGGAGGCAUUUAGGGAGUUAUCCCGGCAGCCGGACAUAUACGAGAAGCUGGCUCGCUCCCUAGCGCCAUCCAUCUAUGAGCUGGAUGACAUCAAGAAGGGGCUGCUGUGCCAGCUGUUCGGCGGGUCGGUGAAACGCCUCUCUUCAGGGGUCCAAUUCCGAGGCGACAUGAACGUGCUGUUGGUGGGGGAUCCGGGCACGAGCAAGUCGCAGCUGCUGCAGUACGUGCACAAGAUAGCCCCGCGGGGGAUCUACACUAGUGGCAGGGGGAGCAGUGCUGUGGGGCUGACGGCAUACGUCACGAAAGACCCGGAGACCAGGGAAAUGGUGCUGGAGAGCGGGGCACUGGUGCUGAGCGACAGAGGCAUCUGCUGCAUCGACGAGUUUGACAAGAUGUCCGACAACGCACGGAGCAUGUUGCAUGAGGUCAUGGAGCAGCAGACCGUGUCGGUGGCCAAGGCUGGCAUCAUCGCGACGCUCAACGCACGCACGUCCGUGCUCGCAUGCGCCAACCCCGCUGGCUCACGCUACAACCCGCGCCUCUCCGUCAUUGACAACAUACAGUUGCCGCCCACUCUACUCUCCAGGUUCGACCUCAUCUACCUGGUUCUCGACAAAGCGGAGGAGCAAUCCGACCGUCGGUUGGCCCGCCAUCUUGUGGCUCUGCACUACAAGAACCCCGAGGCUUCUGCAGCAGCAACCAUCGAUGUUGCAACCCUCACCUCGUACAUCACCUAUGCGCGCACGCGCAUUCACCCAGAACUGAGCGACGAGGCGGCGGAGGAGCUGGUGAACGCGUAUGUGGAGCUGCGAGGGAGAGGAUCGGGGCGAAAGGUCAUCACUGCAACGCCACGUCAGCUGGAGAGUCUCAUCCGCAUCAGCGAGGCACUCGCACGCUUGAAGCUGGCGUCCACGGUGACCCACGAAGACGUGACCGAAGCUCGAAGGUUAUUAGACGUGGCAAUGCAGCAGUCGGCCACGGACCCCAACACGGGCACCAUUGACAUGGACCUCAUCACCACGGGGGUGUCGGCCAGCGAGCGAGCCAAGCGCAUGCAGCUGCAGGAGGCUCUGCUCUCUUUCCUGCAGGAUAGAGCCACUGCCUCCCGCUCCUCCUUCCGAGCGCCUCAGGUGUGGGAGGACCUACGGCAGCAGUCGUCCGUGCCUGUCACACUCUUUGAGGUUCGGGAAGCUCUAGGGCGGCUGCAUGGUGAAGGCAAGGUGGUGUUCAUUGACGAUACAGUUAGAGUGUCAUGACAUUGUGGUUGAUUUCAUAAAGAUUAUUGACAUCCCAUAGGCUUUCAUGAUGCUGGCGUGAGACCAUCUAUACCAUUGAUUACAAACAAAAGCCCCCUGCCUUCUGUCUGGACUGGAGCAGUAUGCAUGUAUCAAGUUGGUAAUUGAAUUUACCAUUUUAGGGCGAAUGCAUGUAGAUGUUAACAUAGAGCCUAGACAGGUCGCCGCGGCAGCGUGGCGAGAUGAUGUCGCAGCGGCCGCGCGGCGAGGCUGCCGCGGCAGCACAUGGAGGCUGCCAUGGCGGCGCGAAAGUGAAAGGAUAGGAGAGAGUACACGGCGGAAGCGUGAAUAGGAGGCUCAGCAGGAUCUUCCUACUCUGAUACCAUAUUGAAAGGAGCUAAGAAGCUAGCUAGGCAUGAGACUGGCGAGAGGUUUUAGCUAGGGAGAAAAGUGAGGAGAGAAAAGAUGGUUGGGCUAAGGUUGUCAAAGCCCUCACGUUGGAUGCGCGAUGCUUCGCUCUAAGGUGAGUAGAAAUCACUGCGUACACACGACAAACAGAAUCAGGGAUUGCAUAGGGCACCACGGCAUGGGGCAUCAGACAGAGUACGGAAUACUGAGGUAUGCUGAACAGAAACUUUUAAGACCAAGCGCUCGAGUGGUACUUCUAAUAAAGAAGUCUGAAACAGAAUAACAGGGCGACGUGCUUGUGAAAGAACGGAAACAAGAGACAGCAGAGGGAACAACUUUGGGAUACAGAUUGGGGUUGGAGGCUUUAGUUGUGAAUUUAUCGGUGAGCUCGCGCAGUACUCACAGCUUCGUGCCAGAGCUUUGGGCCGUAAACAGUGCGCCUGAAAGAGAACUUUGUUUCGUCGACUUUCAAGCCUCUCAUGGAAAAGGUUAAGGCCAAUAUAACCGAACCCUGACUUCAUUAAGUGCACGCGCCAGUUUAUUGCAUGCCAACCGUCCACGCCCUGACAUGUACUCUGUAGGCACGAACUACGACAGAUGGUUGGCUGGCGCUCGAGAGUGGUUGCGAUGCUCUCAUUUGUCAAGGUAGCCAACCUGAGUCACUUUCAUAACCCGUUUAACAAGCUCCGUCAAAGCCAUCAACUUUUUUCGAACCAAUUCUAUAUAUC